AACAAUUUGCUGAUGCGAUUCGAGAAAUGCACGUUCGUGGUGCGCCUUUGAUUGGUGGAACGGCUGCUUAUGGGAUGUAUAUUGCAAUCAAAGAAGCAGCAAAAAGUUCAGAUUUUAAUAAAAAAUUUGAAUGCUUCAAUCGAAUUGUGAGUAAUACUCGUCCAACUGCGGUUAAUCUUGCUUAUGCUAUUGACAAACAUGGUGUUGAUUUAAUCGAACAAAUAGCGAAUGAAAAACAAGGCAAAACGGUUAAUAUUCUGACGCAUUGCAAUGCUGGCUGGUUGGCGUGUAUUGAUUAUGGGACAGCUACUGCGCCAAUUUACGAAGCUUUUAAUCGUGGUAUUGACAUUCAUUUUUGGGUGGAUGAAACUCGUCCUCGCAAUCAAGGCGCACGAAUUACGGCUUAUGAAUUGCAGCAACACGGAGUGCCGCAUACGGUGAUUGUCGAUAAUUGCGGACAUUUGAUGCAGCACGGAAUGGUAGAUUUGGUGAUUGUAGGAAGUGAUCGAACAACAAGAACGGGUGAUGUAGCUAAUAAAAUUGGUACUUACUUAAAGGGUUUAGCUGCUUUUGAUAAUGAAAAAUUUCCCUUUUAUGUGGCUUUACCGAGUUCGACUUUUGAUUGGAAUAUUCGUGAUGGUUUGAAGGAAAUUCCAAUUGAAAAACGUGGUGCUGAUGAAGUGAAAUAUAUUCAGGGCUUGGAUACUGCUGAAAGUCCUGCUAUUAAUUAUGGUUUUGAUGUAACGCCUGCAAAAUAUGUUACAGGAUUGAUUACAGAACGUGGCGUUUGUGCUGCUGACGAAGCUAGUAUUUUGGAAUUGUUUCCAGAGUUUAGAGUUGCACAAAGAACACGCAGAGUUUCACGGAGAAAAUAG